UCAUAAUAAUAAUAAUGCUGUUCACGAUGAUUAUACGGUCGCGAGCUACGAAAUAUAAUAUUUUGUAGUCUUCCCUAUGGUGCGACCCAAUAUUGUACGUAAUAUAGCUAUAGUAUAAAAUAUUGUUUAUUUACGUUUUGUAUAGGACAAUAUAUUAUUAUGUGUCCGGGCUGGAGCAGGAAACAGUCAAAGAAAAUGCAAAUUGAACAACGGUCCCGUCACACCGCAACUGAGUCUGAUGCUGCGUUGGAUUCGAUAGUUGGAUUAUUAUAAAAUCAAAUUUUAUUAUAGUGCAGAUUAUCAAAAAAUCAAGCAAAAUGUUCAAGAAGGGUGUGUACAGGCAAAUAUAUGUCACUAUAGUCGCGACCAUGUCGAUAUUCAUCAGCGGCAUGUGGCUGGGGUGGCCAAGCUCGGUGGUGGAGAAGUUCGUCAAGCACGAGACGGACUUCAACGCGACCAUGGACGAGCUGUCGUGGAUCGUGGCCACGAUGGACCUGGGUAACGUGAUCAGUCCGCUAAUGGCCAGCCACCUGAUGGACUGGAUGGGCCGGAAGCUCAGUAUCGUGGUGCUAGGGCCGCUGUUCAUCGUCUCGUGGGCGCUGACGCUGUUCGUUCCCACCCCCUGGGCGCUGUACACAGCCCGUCUGCUGGGCGGAAUGGGCAAGGGCAUGUCGUACACGGUGGUGCCCGUGUACCUGGGCGAGAUAGCGUCGCCCGCCAUACGCGGAGCCUUGGGAAGCGUGUUCUGCCUUCAGUUGCAUUUUGGCUUCCUGAUGGAGGCGGUAAUCGGUCCGUUGGUGUCGUACCGCACGCUGAACGUCGUGUCCGCCGUCGUGCCAGUUCUGUUCUUCGUCGCUGCCGUCUGGCUGCCCGAGUCACCGUACUAUUUGCUGAAGCGCGGCCGCCGGCCACAAGCAGCCGUGUGCCUGCAGUGGUUCCGGGGCGGCGGUGACGUGGUCCACGAACUGGACCUGAUGGAGGUGAACGUGCGCAAGGAGAUGGAGAACCGUUCCACGUUCCAGGAGCUGUUCGCCAGUCGGAAGGACAUGCGAGCGCUGGCCAUCGUGGUGGCCGCGUGCGCCACGCAGCGAGGGGGUGGCAUCAGCUGCAUAUUGGCCUACUCGUCGCUCAUACUGCCGGAUAAUGGGCCGCUGUUGAACAAGCACGAGUCGGUCAUGCUGUUCGCCGUCACUCUGGCCGUAGUAAACUUGGUGGCCGUCGCGCUGGUGGACAGGGUGGGCCGGAAACCGCUGUUGCUCUUAUCCGAGGCGGGCAUGGCUGUGCUGACGCUGACGUUCGCCGUGUUCUUUUACUGUUCCCGGGGCGACGGCAGUGACUGGGCCAGCCGCGAGCUCGCGUGGCUUCCGUACCUCUGCCACUGGUCGUUCGCCGUCAUGUUCGCGACCGGCGUGGGGUUCGUGCCGGUCGUGUUCCUCGGCGAGAUGUUCCCGGUCAACAUCCGGUCGCACUGCUCGGCCAUCGCUUCCAUCACGCUGGCAUUCUGCUCGUUCGUCACCAACAAGAUGUUUCUGUUCGUGUCCAAUCGCUACGGGUUCCAUGCCAUGUUCCUGCUGUUCACUGUCGUCAAUUUUGCCGGCACGUUCUACACGUACAAGUACGCAAUCGAGACGAAGGGCAAGACGUUACAGGAGAUCCAAGAGCAGCUGCAAGACACCGUUGGACGUCGUCGAGAGAAGACCAACCAAAAUGAUAAUUAAAGUUGUAGGUACACUAAAUAACUAUUGAAUCCAGCAUUUAAUCUCUUGCAAACUUGUAAAACUGUUAAUAAUAAUUUUAUUUAAAUGUUUGUUUUAUUUAAAUAUAAAAAAAAUGAUACAGUGUUAAAAAAUGUAUAAAAAUGUUUAGGCUUUCCGUGAUAAAAUUGAAGAGUAUUUUCACAUUUAUUUGUCUUUUCGAUAAUAUUUUUGGACUGGAGAAAUUGAAUUCUGUCAUUUAUAUCGGAAACUUGUGUUAACAAUUCCUUAAAAUUAAUUUUAAUGAUAAUAAUAUUAUAUGAUAUAUGAAACACGAACAGAUACGUACUGCGUGACGUUUAAUCGGUAUAUCGGUUUGAUUAUUUGUGAUAAACACCGGAUAUCCAUGUACCGUGCAGAAGUCGGAUCUCCGCACUUGGCCGAACACAGCAGCCAUCUGCUUCCGGAACAAAAUCGUCGGUUUGACAUCAAUUUUGAGCAGUUCUAACCCCAAACCUCCAAAGGAGAUGUUUGUUAAAGACCAGCUUAAGUAAAAAAAAUAUACCUGUAAAUAACAAGAUGGCUAUUAUACGCCUCUACUCUCAUACUCCUAUAUUAUGUAACUAUAGAUUUAUAUGAAUAAACGUUUUUGUCAUAUGUUA